UCCAUCUGCUUCCAUUCAGGCUGGUCACGCCAAGCCAAGCUCGGCUCCUGCCCGGACCCCUACCCCAGUCCCUGCCCCCUUCCUCACCCCGGCCCCCGGCCCUGGUCCCCCCUCAGCCGGUCCCAUGCGUCGCCUGCUGCCGCUCCUUCUCCUCCCCGGACUCUUCGCUGUCGCCUUCCAGCCCGACUGGAGCAAGCUUCGUGGCUUGGCCCGGGGCAGAGUGGAGACCUGCGGAGGAUGACAGCUGAAUCGGCUGAAGGAGGUGAAACUCUUCGUCACCCAGGACAUCCCUUACUACCACAACCUGGUGACGAAAUACCUCCCUGGAGCCGACCCUGAGCUGGUGCUGUUGGGUUACCAGUAUGAGGAGCUUGAGAGAAUCCCACUCCAUGACAUGACCCGGGAGGAGAUUAACCAGAUGUUGAAGGACUUGGGCUUCUAUCGAAAAUCGAGCCCAGAUGCCCUCGUACCUCCUGAGUACCAGAAGGCCCCAGCUAGGCCCUUUGAAGCAGAGGCACCCAAUCCAGUGCCCCAUGGGGAUUCAAUGCCCACACGCCAGGAACUCUAGGCCCGGGGAAUGUGGCUCCCACCCCAGCCGGCAGCUGUGAAAUGGCAUCGCAUGCCGGGCUUCCUAACUGGAGCUCAGGUGCCAGGGCCAUGCCCAUGCCCCCAAGGGAAGGGCUGGCACACUGCUGGGGCCACCCACACACCUCAACUUGCCUGGCAGUGCCCCUUGGGGGUGGGAGAGUGGGAGAGUGGCGAAUGUCUCAAGUCCAGGAGAAGUGGCAAGUUGGUCUGCAUGGGUGGCAUUGGGACCCUGUCAACGGCACUCCCGCCCCCACGUCCAGCCACCAGGGACAGGAUGAAGCUCUCAGCUCAAAGGGUUACUCUUGCUGAGGGCAGAUGGCUGUGUCCUUGGGGCCAGGCCAGGGGGUGUGUGGAGGCUAGGGCUGAGGUUUUUCCCUUUCCCUUAUGCAGUAAAGGCCCCUAUUCCAACUGGCAA